AUGUCUAUUAUUAUUACAGGCGCAGGCGGCUACGUCGGCCAGGAAUUGGCUGCUGCUCUACUUUCGAGCUCCCCUGAUGCCACAGUCAUUCUUACCGAUGUCGUCGCCCCCACAGUCCCCGCCUCUGCUGCGCAGCAUGCCUCUCGUGUGAAGAGCAUCCAGGCAGACCUUACAGUGCCCAGCGUGGUCGACGAGCUGUUCACCGAGUCCAAUCGCUACGACACCGUCUACCUUCUACACGGGAUCAUGUCCAGUGGCGCCGAGGCUAACUUUGAGCUCGGAAUGCGGGUGAAUCUCGACGCAACCCGGUACAUCCUGGACAGGUUACGCGCCACCAUGCCCGGGGUAAAGGUCGUGUUCACUUCAACCUUGGCAGUAUACGGACUUGCGCCUGCUGGAUUUGUGAUCGACGAGACCAACUUCCCUCCCGUUCCCCUGUCCUCCUACGGUUCCGCGAAGCUCAUCAUGGAGACGCUUCUGAAUGAUUACUCGAGACGUGGAUUUCUGGACGGUCGAGCCGUACGACUACCCACCGUGACGGUGAGAGCUGGAGCGCCCACGCAGGCUGCCAGUAGCUUCGCCAGUGAUAUCAUCCGGGAGCCAUUUAAUGGGAAGAAGGCCAUCCUGCCGGUGAGCAGGACCACCGAGCUGUGGAUCUGCUCACCAUACACGGUUGUCAAGAAUUUGUUGCAUGCGAGAGAAAUCCCCAAGGAGGCCUUUGGUGAUUCCCGGUCUGUCAACCUACCGGGAUUGAAGGUCAGCGUGCAGGAGAUGCUGGAUGCAUUGGAGGAGAUUGGAGGCAAGGAAAAGCGGGAGCUCGUUGAGGAGAAGUAUGACGCCGAUGUUGAUCGGAUUGUCCAGACAUGGACGCCCAACUUUGACACUGCGCGUGCUUACAAGUUGGGAUUCUCAAAGGACAUUUCGAUGGUGGAGAAUAUCAGGCAAUAUGCCAGCCGCUUCCAGUGA